CCUGUCGCUGGCUUCGCUGAGGGAGCCGCGGUUUCCGCGUCCGUUCGCUGCGCUCUUGCUUCCUCGCCCUUCGCCCGGUCUGCGCCUCAGCGGCCCGGCGCCGGCCGUCGUGAUGCCGUCGGCGCGGCCUGCGCGGCCCCGCUGAGCCUCGGAGCGGCGGCGAGCGCGGCUCGGGGUCGCCAUGCCCACCCGAGUAUGUUGCUGCUGUUCUGCAUUGCGUCCUCGCUACAAACGCCUGGUGGACAACAUAUUCCCUGAAGAUCCAAAAGAUGGCCUUGUUAAAGCUGAUAUGGAGAAAUUGACAUUUUAUGCAGUAUCUGCUCCAGAGAAGUUGGAUCGAAUUGGUGCUUACCUGGCAGAAAGAUUGAGCAGGGAUGUUGUCAGACAUCGCUCCGGGUAUGUUUUAAUUGCUAUGGAGGCAUUGGACCAGCUUCUCAUGGCUUGCCAUUCUCAAAGCAUCAAACCAUUUGUAGAAAGCUUUCUUCAUAUGGUGGCAAAGCUGCUGGAAUCAGGGGAACCAAAGCUGCAAGUUCUUGGGACAAAUUCUUUUGUGAAAUUUGCAAAUAUUGAAGAAGAUACACCAUCUUAUCACAGGCGUUAUGACUUUUUUGUGUCUCGAUUUAGUGCCAUGUGUCAUUCCUGUCAUAGUGAUCCAGAAAUACGAACAGAAAUCCGAAUUGCUGGAAUCAGGGGUAUUCAAGGUGUGGUUCGCAAGACAGUUAAUGAUGAACUUCGGGCGACCAUCUGGGAACCUCAGCAUAUGGAUAAGAUUGUUCCAUCCCUCCUGUUUAACAUGCAAAAGAUAGAAGAAGUUGACAGUCGCCUGGGCCCUCCUUCUUCUCCUUCUGCAGCUGAUAAAGAGGAGAAUCCUGCUGUGCUGGCCGAGAGCUGUUUCAGAGAACUGCUGGGUAGAGCGACUUUUGGGAAUAUGAAUAAUGCUGUUAGACCAGUUUUUGCGCAUUUAGAUCAUCACAAACUGUGGGAUCCCAAUGAAUUUGCAGUUCACUGCUUUAAAAUUAUAAUGUAUUCUAUUCAGGCUCAGUAUUCUCAUCAUGUGAUCCAGGAGAUUCUAGGACACCUUGAUGCUUGUAAAAAAGAUUCUCCACGGGUUCGUGCGGGUAUUAUUCAGGUUCUGUUAGAGGCUGUUGCCAUUGCUGCUAAAGGCUCCAUAGGGCCCACCGUGCUGGAAGUGUUCAAUACCCUAUUGAAGCAUCUGCGUCUCAGUGUUGAAUUUGAAGCAAACGAUUUACAGGGGGGACCUACAGGUAGUGCCAACUUAAGCACAAGUUCCAAAGACAAUGACGAGAAGAUUGUGCAGAACGCUAUCAUCCAAACAAUAGGAUUUUUUGGAAGUAAUCUGCCAGAUUAUCAGAGGUCAGAAAUCAUGAUGUUCAUCAUGGGGAAAGUACCUGUUUUUGGAACAUCUACCCAUACUUUGGAUAUCAGUCAACUAGGGGAUUUGGGAACGAGGCGGAUUCAGAUAAUGUUGCUGAGGUCUUUACUCAUGGUAACCUCUGGAUACAAAGCAAAGACAAUUGUUACUGCACUUCCAGGGUCUUUUCUGGAUCCUUUGUUGUCUCCAUCUCUUAUGGAAGAUUAUGAACUGAGACAGUUAGUUCUGGAGGUCAUGCACAACCUCAUGGAUCGCCACGACAAUAGAGCCAAGCUCCGGGGGAUCAGAAUAAUACCAGAUGUAGCUGACCUAAAGAUAAAAAGAGAAAAAAUCUGUAGACAAGAUACAAGUUUCAUGAAAAAGAAUGGGCAACAGCUAUAUCGGCACAUAUAUUUGGGCUGUAAAGAGGAAGACAAUGUUCAGAAAAACUAUGAGCUACUUUACACUUCUCUUGCUCUUAUAACCAUUGAACUGGCCAACGAAGAAGUGGUUAUCGAUCUUAUCCGCCUGGUCAUUGCCUUACAGGACAGUGCGAUUAUCAAUGAGGAUAAUUUGCCAAUGUUCCAUCGGUGUGGAAUCAUGGCCCUGGUUGCAGCGUACCUCAACUUUGUAAGUCAGAUGAUAGCUGUCCCUGCAUUUUGCCAGCAUGUUAGCAAGGUUAUUGAAAUUCGAACUAUGGAAGCCCCUUAUUUUCUACCAGAGCAUAUUUUCAGAGAUAAGUGCAUGCUUCCAAAAUCUUUAGAGAAACAUGAAAAAAAUUUGUAUUUCCUGACCAACAAAAUUGCAGAGUCGCUGGGAGGAAGUGGAUACAGCGUGGAGAGGCUGUCAGUUCCAUACGUACCACAGGUAACAGAUGAAGAUCGGCUUUCCAGAAGAAAAAGCAUUGUAGACACUGUGUCUAUUCAGGUGGAUAUUUUACCGAACAGCAUUCCUCCUGAUGACGUGGCUAAUAAUACUGAAGAAAUCACAUUUGAAGCGUUGAAGAAAGCAAUUGAUACCAGUGGGAUGGAAGAACAAGAAAAGGAAAAGAGACGUCUUGUCAUAGAGAAAUUCCAGAAAGCACCUUUUGAAGAAAUAGCAGCACAGUGUGAAUCCAAAGCAAAUUUGCUACAUGAUAGACUUGCUCAAAUAUUGGAGCUCACCAUACGUCCUCCUCCCAGUCCAUCAGGAACACUGACAAUUACUUCUGGGCAUGCCCAAUACCAGUCUGUCCCAGUGUAUGAGAUGAAGUUUCCAGAUCUGUGUGUGUACUGAGUGACCCAGGAAGACCUCAACAUAGGAUUUUAAAGCUUAAAAUUAAGGCCAAGUUGAGUUUUCAGGGUUUACUUAAUGCAUAUUAACAUACUUGUUGAAAAUAAUGAUGGAACUUAUCUUUAACCAAAUGCUUAGCAUAUCAUAUAAGAAGUUUUGGAACUAUAUAUGAUUUAGAGUACUUUUGAAUUUAGACUUAUACCAUGUAAUUUGUUUUGAGGUUCCUUUUGACAUUUAAAUUUGAAUAUGUAUUGGUCUCACAUUAUUCCAUUGUUAAAUGGUGUAUUUUAUUCUUUUCAGAAACGUUAACUUUUUGUAAAAAGUAAGCCUCCAGAGGAUUGAAAAUGUGUAAUGUGUCUACUGUAUUUCUUAAAUGUCAACAGAACUGUUUAGAAAUAGAAUUGCUUUUGACUUUGGUUAUCUUCAAAAGCAAAUACAUACAAUUAUAUUCCUGAUCCUGGGGCUGCAAAACUGUCCUGUGGCUUUCUGUUCCCAUGCUGACUUAGGUAAGUGGUGACAAGCAUCCCUGUAGUCAUUUCCUGUGAUAACAUGGGGUAGCUAUUCCUUAAUGUGUUUACAGUAAUGACAUCUUGUGGAAUAGUUUCCUAGAACAUGACCCUAAGAAUCGCCAUACUAAAGCAUCUGGUUCUUGUAAUACUGUGUGUUUUUGCUAAAAAUUUGACCAUUCUACUUGAGAGGCUUAGAGCUUGCUCUUGGAGUACCGAACUGUGCAAUAUUUUUUUAUAUCAUAAGAUGUAUUCGUUUACAGGCCAUGCUUUGAAUAGUAUUUUGAAUAGUAUUUUGCUGUGGCUUCAUUGAUUAUAUGAUAUAUAUAAAUAUAUAUAUAUUUAGUAUAGGAAAAAAAAGACAUUUAAAACAGCCACUAGUUCACCUGUGAGGAGUUUAUACAUUUGAUUUCUGUUAGGAGCACAUGAAUUUAUAGUUUUAUAUUGUGCAUUGGUUUAAAUACUCAUGGUCAAAAAUUCUUCAAAUCGACUUUUAAUUUGUGAGCUUCUUUUGAUUUUCGCUAUCAGGAUCACAGGUGUACCCUAUACAUGUACUGAUGGACAUGAAACUAGGUACAUUUUAGUGAAUUCCAUCACAUUGUAAAAAUGAACAAUUCUCUUUCCAACUCUAAUAAAAUUCUCUUAGGACAUUUUUAUAAAAUCACCUGUUUAUAGUUGUACUGCUUUUUCAGAUUCAAUUUCUUCUUACAUAUCAAAAAUUGUACCUCAAAAUAUAAUUCAGUUUUGGUUUUUGUUUGAAAAAUCACCAUGAAGAAUGGAAUGUUUUAACUUUGUUCUAUAGUUAUUUGGUCAUCAUUAGUAGAAGCAGAAAAAAAAAAGUGAGGAAAUGAUAAUGGAAUACUUGAAAAUUGUUGAAUAUUUAAACCAAAGGGCAACCAAUUGAAAAGAAUAGUUAUUUUAAGCUGGAAACUGACACUAAAACGGUGGAUUAACUGUCAGUGCACAAGACUUGUGUUCAGAGCAACAGUGCAGUCACCACUGGAGGACUAGAUGGCCCUGUUGUCACUGUCACUGCCUCUGAUCAAAUAAAAUGCUUCACCAGUUAAUAAGUCAAAGUUUAUGUUAUGGUUUUUCUUUUUACCUUUUGUAUUUCUAAAGAAGGAUGUGAAUUCCUGACUGUACAUUUAAAAAGUCUAAGCAGGGGGACAUGCAGAACAAUCAUCAUCCACUUGGAUGCCAUUUUAUAGAUCAACACUGUGUGCUUUUGUAUGAAGAUAUAUAAAUUUCAUAGUUUAAGAAAAGAUAUAUAUUAAUUUGCUUUCAUGCAAAACAUAAACUUUGCUCUAUAAAAUUUACCAUUUCUCAGUGAUUUAGAAAUGCACGUGCUGCAUGCAUAGGAAAACCAUCACAGUUCAUGUUUGUCACUUUUCUCUUGGUCUUUGUAAACUGUUGACUUGGGUUUUUUGGGAUUUUUGUUGAUGUUGGUUUUGAAUCACAGAAGAUUUCAUAAACCUUGGAUCACUGAACUGGUCUUGUUGACAAGGAUUCCCGAGAUAUGGAUCUUUUCUCUGGUGACCUACCAUGUCUGUAGGAGGUUCUCCAGAGACUAGGAGAGCAUACUGUAUUGUAGCCAGUUCAGACAAUGAAAGCUAGGAUUUGCUGAAGUUCACUGUCUUGCUCUAUUUUUGUAGUAUAUAAAAUUCAAUAAAUUGUUAAUCAUUCUCAUUUUUGCUGUA